AUUCAUUCACCCAGAUAUGCAAUCAGAGAGAGACUUGGGGGUAAAACAAGCCUGACUAAAUGCCAUGUGCAUCUUUCAAGAAGAUUGGCUUCAAUGAUUUACUUCUUCUUAUGCAGUGAUUAACAACACUUUCUCAGAAAAACGGGAGUUUCUUAAAACUGUUCCUCCCGUACUUAGAUGUCCCUGGAAUACCAAUGAGGGGGAGACUCACAGUGCAACACAGUUCUGGUCAUUUUUACAUCUGGUUUCAGACCAAAGCCAAACCUGAUAUGAUAUUUAGUAUUUAGACUUGGAUUAUAAUCAUCUCUUUCACUACUCCAAGCUGUAUAAAAUGCAAGCUCACGUACUCACAUUUUAUAGUCUUUACAAUGGUUCCAAUAUGUUUCAGGAAAUUCUUGUAUUUACAUACAGAGCACUAAACAGCCAGUUUUUUUUUCUUAUCUCAGCUUCUUACAAAAUACACUGCUGCUCGCUGUCUUCACAGGCUCAGAAUUUGUUAGUUGUUCCCCAGUUUAUGGGGAAUUUUAUUGAAUCAUUAUUAUUCAGUUAUUUUUAAAAGACCUGUUUAUUUCAUCGUGUCUUACGGUGCCUUUUUAUUGGCUAUUAUGGCACUUCAUUUUCUUAUUUAUUUUAUUGUUAUUGUGAACAGUGCUGUGUGACUGCUGUACCCUGCCUCUUGCUUGCUCAUUCAGCAUUUUACUGUGUCAGGGACACGUCAAAACCACACAUAAAUAAGUUUCUUUUAUGUCUAACACUGCUCUUGGGUGCUUGAAUGUCACUCUUCUGUUUCCCCCCCACCUCAGGUAUAGUAUGCAAAAAGCGUAUGAUUAGAAGUGUGACCGCCGAAUAUUGCAUUUCUUCCUUCUCAGCAAUCAUUGGAAAAUCAAAACCCAAACCACAACACAGCUGCACACGCUUGCAUUUCCGCUCUCUCUGUCUUUUCUGCUCACUUCACUCUCACUCUGGUUUUUUCUCGCUUGGUCUCUUUCUUUCCCACAUCUCCCUGUCAGCUGUGAUGCACUCUUUGAUACACGCACCAGUUUUUUGUGUGGAUCACAUUACUGGAUGCUCUUUAUUCCCUCCUCUGCAUACAGCUCUUAGCUGCUACAGCCAGUUUGCUGCCGGUGGAUGAGAUUUUGCACACAUAGUAACACACAGUGAAACAUGCAGAUGCUCAAUCUCCAUCCACACAGUCGUGGCUUUGAAGUUCCAUACUGGGAGACAUUAUGAGUUGCUGUCUCAGGUGAGUACCGAACAAUUUGUCACGAUUAAUUUUCAGAGCGUUUUCAGCAUGUAACUGGUCAUUGAGUUUGCCUUCCUUGGCAUCUGUCGUGUGUGGUCAUUUCUGAUUGGUCAUCAAGUAAACUGCACUGCUGUUAAAGCACUCUAUGACGGCCGACUUGUUACAAUCAAUUAGUGAUGAGUUUUCCCUGUGCCUCGUUUUUUUUUGGUGACGAAUCUGUUCUACCUGCAGCUAAAAAAACAAAGCUGCUGUCCAGCCAUUUCAGUUUCAUUUGAACACAUAUGUCUGUCUCACAGCACUGAUGGCUCAUUUCCAUCCUUAGAAAGCUGCCUGGGAAAAACAAAUGGUUUGCAAUGUUUGUUGUCCACAGGAGAGCCAUCAAUUAUGCAUUAGCUGCACCCAUAGAGGACUGAGGACUGUUGAGCUGUUUUUCUCACUUUCAGCAAUAACUCUAACAAUAAUUGUCUGAGUCUGUCUUUAAAAAAAUCAACUCUACCUUCUUUUACCCACAAUUCCAUACUGUGGUGCUGAAUCAGGAAUGCUAUAACCUUGAAAGGAUUUGAUGUACAUGUGCUACGUUCCACACUUUUGUCUUUGUGUCUGCCUGUUAUGUUGCCUACAGCUAAAAAAAAAGAUUUGAAAGGGUUUUUUUGAGUUUGUAGUCUCAAGAAAGGCUAAAAAUAAACUUUAUAUUCCACAUUUAGAAGAAAGGUCUUUAUGUUUCAGCUGAAUCUUUAGUUUGUCUGUGGUGGGAGCCGUAUGGAGUUGUGCUUCCAGGAGCUGUGCCUCAGGCGUUGUGUUGGUCGAUGUAAACAGUUUCUGUGGACAAUGAAAUUUGUAAUAUGAAUGCAAUGUCUUCUUAGCUAAUUUUGCUCAGACUUUCAUGGUUCCCCAUGAAAAAGCCCUCUGACUGCAGUUUAUAGGCUUGACUUUCCAGUGAGCACCUUUUAUUAAAACCAUGAGGUUUACAUUGCUCGUUUUGAGUGAAAAAUCUCCAGAUUAGAACAAGGUCCACAAAAUUGAGUGCAUGAUCCCCUCACAAUGAAUUGUCAUAAUUUCAGCUAUUUGCUUGUGACCUUUCUUAUAACUUCAGAUGCAUUUUGGUGCUAACUAGUAAACUGUGUUCCCCAUUUAUUGCAUUUAACUUAUCAGCAUGACGGAGCUAUUCAGAGCUGUUACCCUAGCCUGAAUUUGCUGAUACUGAAUGCCUUUUUUGUCUCAUUAAGUAUACUGAUUGUGCUAUAACUCCUAAUCACAGUGAUCUGAAAAGCUGUACUGGGAAUCCAAGCCGCUGACUAAGGAAUUAAGAUGCCCGACAGCAAGAUAUACGAUUAUUAGUGUGCUCCGUCAUGAGCCUGGUGCCUGUGUCGUCGUUCUGAGCGCGGAGAAUCAAGUGUUUGCUCUCCUUCUGCCACCCAAUCUGCCGGUCUGUGUCCCUCAAUCACUGUUACUUACUACGACAGCCCUCACACACUCAUGCACAUGCAUUUACACACGAAUGUGAGAACACUCCACCCACCCUCUGAUAAUGAGGGGUCUGUGUCAGAGGAUCUGAGGUGUGCUUAACAGCUCAUGAAACUAUUUCUUUUGUCCGCCUUGUGAAAACUUGACCAGCUGGGCCACACGCUGCUCAGUCUGCCUCUGUCCCCAUCGCUGAUUCGCCUCCCCUCCUCCCAAAGGAUGUGUUCUAUUUUUAAGCAGCCUACUUCUUUUAAUAAAGUCUCUCUUAGGUUUCUGGCGCACUUGCCGGUGUCAAUUCUUAAAUGCUGUAAAGCCCAGGGGUCAGCAAGUGCUUAACAAUUGAAAUUAGCGACAAGCUGGGAGUACCUAUUAGCUCUUUUGUUCAUGUGGCUGUGCAGUGUUUUGAUAACUUGUGAGUAUAGUGAAGUGUCAGCCUUUGUCUGACACUGCAUCCAUAUAUAGACUUCAAAGGUGUGAAUUAAUUAGACUUUCACAUCCUUUUGUGUUUGAGUGCCAAAAUGUUUUCAGCUUCUGCUUUAUGAAUCAGUCUUUUCUGGUAGUUUUUGCACCAGUUUGGAUACAUUUCCUACCUAGCAUACAUGUAAUGAAUAGGGAUGAAUCACACAGUCACAACUGCCAAACUUCCUGCAUGUUCACUUAUGCACAUUACGGUUUCAUUGUGCUGACCUGCCUAUGAAAUUCCACUGGGGCUCCACACUCUUCUCCACUUCUCUCCUCUCUCCCUCCUCACUUACUCCUCUGUUCUUGUCAUUCUUUCUUUCCUCCACUGAGGGAAGAGAAGAUUUGUCACUCACUACCUCUCACUGCUGAAUGAUGGACAAGUCAAUACUGAGGAUUAUCCUUUAACCGAGACCAAGAAGACAACCCUGUGUUGACCUCGAGCCUUUGCUUCUGUCUUUUGGUGCCUGUGGAGGACGAGGAUAAAGGAUGGGAAGGCACAAAGAGUGCUCCCCCAAACAUGAAGUUGGAGAAGAGCUAAUGAUGCUGCCUGAGGAUGUUUUGGAGGUGUGGAAGGAUUUAAACCACAGCCACUCUUAUAGAUUGCUCCCUCCCUCUCUCUCAUUUGGUCUCGUUCUUCAUCUGGCUGCUUUCCGAGCCUGCAGCAGGCACCUUUGAGAUCCAGGACACCUUUGCGUUUCUCAUCUUUCUCUCCUUUCUCCUUUGUCCGGGAGAGUUGUUUGUUCAAAACUAGAUGGGGACUAACUGAGACAGAGGGAAGGCAUUUGCAUUGCUUAACUGAGCUCAGACACUUCCUCAAAGCCCUGAAGAGCCAUGGGAAGGGAUAGGAGCCUUUCCAGACACUUUCGGAUCUUCAUUCCCAAGAAGCACCGGGAGCGUUUUGACGAAGUGGUUUCCCAAAGCCUGAUGAGCCGGCUGAAGGGGCGCAGCUUUAGUGACCCCAGCCGCAGCCACCUUCGCCGUAGCCGAAGCGAGGAUCACCCCGAACGCCUUCUUGUCUCCACCCGCGCCAGCUCAGUGCCACGCACCCACGCAGAGGAAGGUGUGGUACCCCCUGCCCGAGGCAUGCGCAAGACCACGUCACUCAUAGCUGGCCACUCCAGUGGCACCACCACAAACUGCAGGACAGUGAGAGUUUGCAAGGGCAACAUGAGUUUUGGCUUCACUCUCAGAGGCCAUGCUCCAGUGUGGAUUGACUCCGUGAUCCCUGGAAGUCCUGCAGACAAAGCCAGUCUAAAACCAGGAGACCGCAUCCUGUUUCUCAAUGGACUGGACAUGAGGACCUCCUCCCAUGAAAAGGUAGUGUCCAUGCUGCAGGGAAGCGGUGCCAUGCCCACACUGGUAGUGGAGGAUGGGCCGCCUACAUUUACCCUUGCAGAGCAGGACCUUGCAGGAGGCGGCGUUCCUACAGAACGGGCCCGCUCUCCUGUGCUCAGCUCCCUCCAGUGGGUGGCAGAGAUUCUGCCUCCCAGUAUCAGGGUUCAGGGUCGCACCUUUGGGCAGCAGUUGGAGCACCUGCUGACCAUUCAGGAGAGAUACACAAUCUGCAAAGCAUUGGAGAACUUCUUCCAGCAUAGGAAUGUUGACACUCUGAUCGUGGACGUGUUCCCAGUGCUGGACACUCCAGCAAAACAGGUGAUCUGGCAGUUUGUUUACCAGCUGCUUACGUAUGAAGAGCAAGAGCACUGCCAGAGCAAGAUUUCACGUUUUCUUGGAUACAAAUCCCCAGUUCCACCUCCACCACCACCACCUCCCCCUCCUCCGGAGCCCGAGGUUGUCCCUGAGCCCCACCGCCGUAGCAGUUCCAUGAGGGUGACAGGGACCACGUACAGGAGCAGUGUGAGGGGACGUAGCUCUGAUGACCUGGUCAUUGGUACACACUUGGGCAUGGGCCACCGUGCAGAGCCAUUACUGGAGACGGGGAUGAGGCUAGCUCCAGGAGAGAGACAGUCAGGGGAUGGUACCUCUCUCCCUGAAACUCCCAACAACCUCACUAAUCUGUCAGCAGUGUACGCUGAACUGGAGAACAUGUAUUCAGCCAAGAGGUCCAAGUCUCUGAAGAGUCGCCCGCCUCCUGCCCCUGAGAGUUUGCUGGAUCUGGACCCUCCGUCACGCACGGCAUCCCCUACGAUACACCUUAACACAGGUAGUCGCAAAGGCCCUUCAUCCCAUACAUCCUGGCCGGAGCCUCUCCCCAGCCCCCCACAAUCCCAGUUCUACCCAUCAGGGUUAACAAGCCAGACCAGUGGGGAGUCCAACCCUUACAUCAGCCUUGACAGUCCCCCUCCCUCACCUCCAGAACCCCCUGACUACCCGUCUAGCCCCCCUGCUCACCGCAGCAGCAAGCGCCGUUACACCUUCUCCAAACCGCCUCGCUCUGAAGACACGGACCGCUUUCUGGAUGCACUGAGCGAGCAGCUGGGACAGAGGGUGGCAAUUGUCGAUGACUUCUUGACUCCUGAAAACGACUAUGAAGAGGAUGUUGUGCAGAUGGGCUUCCCAGAUGAAGAGGAUGAUGAUAAUGAAGACGAUUUGGUGGUGGAUGAAGAAGAAAGUGGAGGAUUUGUCGCUCCAGAGCUCAGCAGCCCGAGUGAUGUCCAGAGCAGCAGUGGAGAAGAAAAUGCCUCAUCUCUGACCUACUCAUCUUCCUCUGAUCACAUUCCCCCACCGCCCAUGACCCCUCCUCCACCCCCACCAGUCCAGUUCAAUGAUCCACCUCCGCCUCCUCCGCCCCCAGCACCUGCACAGAGUCAACCGCAGCACCAACAGCAGCAACAGCAGCAGCAACUAAGCUACACUCCCGAACACUCCCCAAGAACAUACGUGCCCAUCCGCCGGAAAUCCGGCCCUCCUCCCCCACCUCCUCCCCGCAGUAAUCCACCACCUAAACGCCACUCCUUGCAUAAAGUCCUCCCUACAAGGGAAGACCUACAGGUGCAUGCUACCAUACAAGAGCUAAAAGCCUACCAAGAGCAACAAGCCUACCAGGAAAGGCAAGCCUAUGAGGAGCAACAGGCGUAUAAGGAGAGGCAGGCAUAUGAAGAGCAAAAAGCCUUUGAAGAACAACAACUCCUGCAAGAGCAGCAGGCCUUGCAGGAACAACAAGCUUAUCAAGAGAAACUUUUCAAAGAGAGACAGGCUUAUGAAGAGCAGAAGGCAUUCGAGGAGCAAAAAGCUUUUGAAGAGCAACAGUUGUACCAAGAGCAACAGGCCUACCAAGAAAGACAAGCGUACGAGCAGCGUCAAGCCUACCAGGAGCAAAAAGCAUAUGAACAGCGUCAAGCCUACAAGGAACAAAAAGCAUUCGAGGAGCUUCAAGCCUACAAGGAGCAAAAAGCAUUCGAGGAGCUUCAAGCCUACCAGGAACAAAAGGCCUAUGAGGAGCAAAAAGCCUAUGAGGAGCGACAAGCCUAUAAGGAGCAGCAAGCGUAUCAAGAGCAACAGCUGCAGCAGAUCUACCAGAGCCACCACUCGAUGCCUGCCCAGCCAACGCAGCAGAAAGCCCAUUCACCUCUUCCUCUUCAGUCCUUACCUCCUCUUCCCUCUCCAGACUCCGUCCAUCACCACGCAAACCACCCUCUUUACAUGAUGCGCCAAGCACAGCAGCAGCAGGCCCACCAGACUCAUCAUCACCGACGUCUGUCCCGUUCUGCGCCUCCCCCACACCAGCCGCCACCCCAACCAACAGGCCAUCCCAGCCAACAAGGUCAGUACGUAGAGGGCAUCUACCAAAGUCAUCAGAGUGUAAGACCCCAGCCCCACCAUUCCUCAACUGAGAUGCUCCACCAGAUGCACCAAGCCCCGGCUCAUCAUUCCUCAGCUGAGGUGCUGCACCAGUUGCAGCAAUCCCAGGCCCACCACUCAUCUGCUGAGAUGCUUCAACAGAUGCAGCAAGUCCAUGCCCACUACUCAUCAUCAGAAGUGCUCCACCAAAUGCACAAAUCCAAGGCCCAUCAUUCGUCAACAGAGCUCCUGCACCAGGCUCAACAGAUGCAGCAAAUACAGCCUCUCCACUCCUCCACCGAACUUCUCCACCAAGCCCACCAGAUGCAUCGAGGACAGCCCCACCAUUCCUCAACUGAGCUGCUCCAUCAAAUUCAUAAACCCCAGGCGCACCACUCCUCUACAGAGCUUCUUCAUCAGGCUCAUCAAAUGCACCAACCCAAGCCCCAUCACUCCUCCACAGAGCUUUUGCAUCAAACCCAGCAAGAGCCUGCAUCCCUCCCAGUUCAGCUGAAUCGGGAUGGGCACUCCCAUCAGAGCAGGAGAAGUCUAAAGGGCCAUCAUCAAACUGAAGUGUCGGUGCAGGGGAGGCACCAAGAGCAGCAGAUCCACCAAACCCACCACCCCCAGCCCACAAAACCCUCCCCCCAGAGACCCCACUCUAUCCAGCAGACGCACCACCAUUCCAGCACUCCUCAGAUCCACCACAUCCAUCACAUGACCCCACAGCCACCUCCUCAGGACUACCAGCACCAGAUUCAGGUCAUCCACCCUCCCCAGCAGCCUCACAGGCCCCAGCCCCUUCUCUCCACGUUUCAACCCCUGCAGCCACACCAACCCACCCUCUCCACUUUUCAGCCACUGCCUCAACACCCCCAGUCCUCCACCCAAACUGCCCGCCCACAGUCACAGCCCUCGCAUCAUUUGCUGCAAUCUCAACACCAGUCACAAUCCCAGCCUCACCAUAAACAAUCCCACAGCCAGAGCCAGCCCCAGUCCCUCCCCCACUCUCUUUCUGACCCCACGGAGCACCUAGAGCCCCCACCACCUCCUCCUCUUCCCCCACCCUGCUCCCCUCCACCUCUACCAAGACCUAGUCUGUCCAGAAUGGACUCCAACCAUAUGAGUGUAAAGAGGCUGCGCUGGGAGCAGGUGGAAAACUCAGAAGGGACAAUAUGGGGACAGUUGGGAGCAAAUUCUGACUAUGAAAAACUGCAUGACAUGGUGAAGUAUCUGGAUCUGGAGCUGCACUUUGGAACACAGAAGAGCGCCAUGCCUGCCCCAGAACCAUCCCCUCAGCUAGAAACCUUCAAGAAGAAAGAUGUUAUAGAAAUUCUGUCCCAUAAGAAAGCUUACAAUGCCUCCAUCCUGAUAGCCCACCUGAAGCUGUCUCCAGGGGAACUGCGUCAGAUUUUGAUGAACAUGGCCACAGACAGGCUGGAGCCAGCCCACAUUAAACAGCUGCUACUGUAUGCCCCCGAUGCAGAGGAGGUCAAAAAAUAUGAAGAGUAUAGACAGGACCCCAGCAAACUGAGCGAGCCAGAUCAGUUUGUGCUGCAGAUGUUAUCAGUACCGGAGUACCAGACCCGCCUCCAGUGCCUCCUCUUCAAGUGUUCUCUUCAGGAGAAGACAGAGGAGCUGAAAGGAGCAUAUGACUGUAUUUACAACGCCUCCAUGGAGCUGAAGACCAGCAAGAAGCUAGCUAAAAUACUAGAGUUUGUGUUGGCGAUGGGGAACUACUUGAAUAACAGCCAGCCUAAAACCAACAAAACUACAGGCUUUAAGAUCAACUUCCUUACAGAGCUGAGCACAACUAAAACAGUGGACGGGAAGUCAACAUUUCUGCAUAUCCUGGUUAAAUCGUUAUGUCAACAUUUCCCGGAUGUGUUGGAUUUUUCCAAAGAUCUUACGAUGGUUCCACUUGCAGCAAAAGUAAACCAGAGGAACAUCACCUCCGAUCUGAAUGACCUUCAUACCACAAUCCAGGACAUUCGCUCAGCUUGUCAGAAGAUGCCUGCGACCUCUGACGACCGCUUUGCUGUUGUCAUGAGUAAUUUCCUGGAAAACAGUCAUCCUGCAAUCCAGUCUCUGGAGUCUCUCCAACAGAGAGCCAUGGAAGAAUUCAGCAAGACUGCCUCCUACUUUGGAGAAGACGGCAAAGCCACAAAUACCGAGGCCUUCUUUGGUAUCUUUGCCGAAUUCAUAAACAAGUUUGAGAGAGCUCUGAGUGAUCAGCAAGUCGCUGAAAUCCCAAAAAGCCCCAGGAGUCCACGAAUGGCCUCCCCGCUGGCCUGGUAACACACAUGCACGUGUGGAGAUUACAACAUGC